AGUGUCCCUGUUGUGUUGUCCUCCUUCUGGCUCCUUUGUCCCUGUCCCCAGCUCCAGGUUGUGUCCUCCUGCUGCCAUGAGGAGAACCAGGUCGUCGAGGAGUCAGACUCCGGCCGCGGCGGAGGGAGGAGGAGGAGAAGGAGGAGAAGGAGGAGGAGGAGAAACCCGCUCGGUGACAGUGUGGCAGUGGCAGGGGGACGGAGGUCAGUGGGAGCUCUACUCGCCGGACGCCAGCGCCUUGUUGGACGCCGCCGUCUCUUCGGGAGAAACCUCCGUCUCGCUCGCUCUGGGACCGGGGACGCCCUACCAAGUCGACCUGAAGAAGAUGCUGCAGAUUAAUCCCGUCACGAAAUACAAGAGGAAGAUUCGCUCUCAAACAGUCAAGUCAGAGACUGUUACUGAAGCCAGUGACUCUACUGCUCUCAAUGGGAUGAUAGUUCAAGUUAAAGAGGAGGAGGAAGAGAAGGAGGAGGAGGAGGAAGAGGAGGAGAAACCUGCAGCUAAGAGGAGGAAGGCGCAAAGCAAGAGUCAGACAAAAGCCAAGAAACCACCGAAAGAAGAGAUAAAAACUGAAGAGGUCACGAGGACGUUGGUGAUGAAGGGCAAAGCUCCGGUGGACCCUGAAUGCAAAGCCAAACUUGGAAAGGCUCACGUUUACUCUGAAGGAAACGAUGUUUACGACGUGAUGUUAAACCAGACAAAUCUCCAGUUUAACAACAACAAGUAUUACCUGAUCCAGCUGCUGAAGGACGACAGCUCCAAGCUGUACAGCGUGUGGCUGCGUUGGGGCCGAGUGGGCAAAGUGGGUCAAAACAGCCUCACACCCUGUGGUGGAGAUCUGCUGAAAGCCAAAGAUUUCUUCAAGAAGAAGUUCUUGGAUAAGACCAAGAAUGAGUGGGAACAUCGGGCCACUUUUGAGAAAGUGGCUGGAAAAUACGACAUGGUGUUCAUGGACUACAGCACAAAUGAAAAGCAGGAGGAGUCCACAGUGAGCAUCGUUCCCAAAGAGAAGAAGAGCUCCACGCUGGACGUGAAGAUCCAGUCUCUCCUGGAGCUGAUCUGUGACCUUAAGACCAUGGAGGAGUGUGUGCUGGAGAUGAAGUUCGACACUCGGAAAGCUCCUCUCGGCAAACUGACCUCGGAGCAGAUCCGUGCAGGCUACAGUGCGCUUCAGAGAAUCGAGGCGUGUCUGAAGAAGAAGGGAAACCAGCGCCUGCUGCUGGAGGCCUGCAACCAGUUCUACACCCGCAUCCCUCACGACUUUGGCUUGAAAACCCCCCCGCUCAUCAACACGGAGGAGGAGCUGAAGGAAAAGAUUGCACUGCUGGAGGCUCUGAGUGACAUCCAGAUAGCCGUGAAAAUGGUCCAGUCCAGUGAGGGGGGGGAUGAACAUCCUCUGGACAGACAGUACAGCUCCCUCCAGUGCAAGCUACAGCCUCUGGACUCCAGCAGUGAUGAGUUCAAGGUUAUAGAGAAAUACCUGCUGUCCACUCACGCCUCCACCCACCAGGACUACACCAUGAGCGUCCUGGACAUGUUCUCCGUGGACAGAGACGGAGAGAGCAACAGCUUCAUCUCACAGAUUCACAACAGGACUCUGCUGUGGCACGGAUCCCGUCUGUCUAACUGGGUCGGGAUCCUCAGUCAGGGGCUCAGAGUGGCCCCCCCCGAAGCCCCGGCCACGGGAUACAUGUUUGGUAAAGGGAUCUACUUUGCUGACAUGUCGUCAAAGAGCGCCAACUACUGCUUCACCAAUCAGAACAAUCACAUUGGCCUGUUGCUGCUGUGUGAGGUCGCCCUCGGAGACAGUCACGAGCUGCUCGAUGCCGACUACGAGGCCGGUAACCUGCCUGCUGGAAAACACAGCACCAAGGGCCUGGGACAGACCGGACCCGACCCCAAGAACUCAGUCACCCUGGACGGUGUCACGGUGCCCAUGGGGCCCGGGGUGAAGACGGGGGUGGGUAAGAACAGCGUUUACUCCCUCCUCUACAACGAGUUCAUCGUGUACAACCCGGCUCAGACUCGCAUGAGGUACCUGCUGCGGAUCAAGUUCAACUACUCCUCACUGUGGUGAGGCUGUGAAAGCUUGUGUGUCACUUACGCUGCUUUCAGACAUGCACUGAACUCCAGACUUCUUUCCCGGAGGAGAACGCAAUCGCUCCUGAUGUUUUCCUAGAACUUGUCCUGCUAGUCCCCUCGAGUUGCCGAGGUUUCAAACAGGCAAAGGACACGAAAAACACAAAACGAAUACAAAUAUACAGGAAGGAAAAAUAGGACCCAUAGACGUGGGAGACGCAGACGAAAACAUCAACUGCGUCCUUCAUAUGUAAAAAGACAAACUUAAAUUCGGACCCACUUUCUGGACAUUUUCUAGAGUUCAUGUCUGAAAGCAGCUAAGAGUUAAGCUCUGGUUUUUGAUGAUAGGAUGUUAAACCUGAACAUGCAGCUGGUGCUGGAUGGAAAACAUGAAUGUUAACUCUCUCAGUGAUGGAGAGCUGUCACUUAUUCUCUAAUUCAUUAGUUUUGACCUUUUUUGUCUCUCUUCAAGUAAAAAAAAAUUGUUUGCGGCUUCUCAAAUGUUUUUUCUUUCUCCUAUCUGAUGUUAAACUGAAUCUGUUAAAGCUGUUUGUCACAAUUCCAACACUUCACUUUGUUCUAAAAGAAUAUACCACUCACAUUUUUCAUGUUUUUUGAAAAAUUGCUUUCUUCUUAAAGGUGAGGAUGGAUCCAUGAGAAAAGGAGAAUAUAAUAAUAUUUAGCACUAAAUCUUUAUGUUGCUUUAUCUUUAUGAACAUCCUCGUAUCAAUAGAAGUUGAAUUGCAUGUUGGUAACAUUUUAGUUUUCUGUUUUCUAAUGCUGGUACUUAACACAAAGCUCCUUCAGGCCGGUUUGACACAAGCGUUUAUAGUGAAUAAUUACCACAGUUUUUAUGAAUAUUUCCUUUAAAUGUUAUAAAAUAUGUAAACGAUGAAUUCAGUCCAAAAGUGUCUUCUGUCAUUUUUUUAUUCAUGUAAAACAGUCUGUAAAAAACACAGAUCAUCAUUCAAACUGGAUGUGGUUACGCUUUUAACAUGACAAAUAAUACAAAUAAAGGACAUUUUCAUGUUA